AUGCUGGAUGCAAUCUUGGGCUCGAAGGGCCGUCAAAAGGAGAUUCAGAAGCUGCGAGGCUUUAGCACGGCCGUACCUGCAGCGACUAGCUCGCGCCCGGCUACCCAGGCUGCGACAGGUCGCGGACCCCCACCUUCUGACAAUGAGAUGAUUGCCAUGCUCUCCGGGCGCCUGCGCAAGGCCGAGAAGCAGCUCAGUCUAGCCACAGACGCCAUCAAUGAGAAGGCACGUGUAGCACAUCAUCAUCUUGCUUCUCUUCCCGCGCCUCAAGCGAACCAUCAUCACAAAAGACGUUGGUCAGGGACGGAUGUGUUGAUUCGGCGGCUGACCAAGCAAGUCAAGCUCCUCGAGGGCGUGCAGCAGAACCGGGAAUCAGACCUCUCAGCCUUGUCCACGCUUCAAGAUGAAUAUCGCAAGCUCCAAAAUCAAGUCCAUAGUAUGGAGAGCUUCCUUGCCGAUUACGGCAUGGUCUGGGUCGGCGAUGAGGAGGAUGAUGAUAAAAUGACAAGCGAAUCUGCAGUUGCGGACGCACAACCCACGUCUGCCAUCACAUCAGCGGCUCUAGUCGAAGCCGCCACGGCAUCAGUCUCGCAGCACAACGCAGCCACGGCCACGGAUCCCGAGCCGGCAAGCAAAGGGGCCGAUGGUGACGACCAUGCGCGUGGUUCGACACCGCCUUUUCAUGUGGAUUAUGACAAGAUUAUCGCCAACGUGCACGAACUCAACGUGCUUGCCGGUGAAGGCGUGGCACGGGUUGUAGCAGCGCCUGGUGGAGGACGCCUUGAGGUGCCCGAGGCGGUGCCGAUGCAUCUUUAUCGCAAUGGCAUUCUUCUCUUCAACGGCCCUUUUCGACCCUUUAGUGACGCCACGACACAGAUGUGCGUGCGCGACUUGAUGGAUGGCUAUUUCCCGUGGGAGCUGCGGCAACGCUUUCCCGAUGGCAUUCCAUUUGCCAUCCAUGAUCAUCGCGGGCAAGAUUAUCAGCGCACGACCAUCAAGGCGUUUCCUGGAUCGGGCUAUGCACUUGGUGGGCAGGCCACCACGUCAGUGCUGCUGCAAGAGGACGGACCCGCUUCCACAACAGGACCCGAGGCGGCACAAAUUGCGACGCCCGGGCUUCAGGCCGUGAGCGGUCCAUCCAAGACGCAAGCAUUCUUGAAUCACUUGCCGCCCACCGUGAUUCGCAACGGAUGUAUCAUGGACAUUCGGCAAGGCCUUGCCGGUCACUUGACUGUUCAGACGCGUGAGCAGCAUCGUGUGCAGCUGGUGGCUACGCCUGUGACCCAGCACCUCGCAGCACAGGCGGCCGUACCUACGGCGUCACCACAACGGCCUACCACUCCGCGCGACAUUGCAACCCUUCAGGUCAAGUCUGAGGACGGCAAGGUUACUCUUAUUGUCAAGUUGCGCUUCAACGACUCAGUGGCUGACGUGCGCCGCUGCAUUGAUCAACACCGAGGUACCAGUGUGGAUGCCACGUAUCGUAUCUACACCACGUAUCCACGCAAGCUGUUGGAUGAUUCAAGUGCGACGUUGCUGGAUUUGGAUCUGGUGCCCAAUGCCACCCUGCGGCUUGUCGCCAAUAAGUCUAAGAAAGUAUAG